AUGCAAUCUGCAGAGGCCGAGAAGGAACGAAAAGGGCUGGUGGAAGGAGAGCGAGCGCGAUUGAUGCAGAAGAAAAGCACACCAAACGCUCAAUCAAGAGUGAAGGAAGGGACCAUUCAUCAUCCAGCGCCUGGCAGGAGGCUUUGUAGGCGGGACGAUGCGACGGAUGACGGUUCUACGCUAGAGCCACGGAUUCAAAGCCGCUGCGUGGACGUGUGUUGCUGCGCAGAGGUCAAGGCUUGCGUGAAGCCAUCUGAACAAGUCUUUGCGCACCGCACGCUCGAACAUCGCGACUGCAUCGAAUUGCGUCCAGUAUGUAUUACGUUGCACAGCAUCGUAGAGCGAGUUUUCAGAGGGAUGAGAGAUGGAGAGAGACAGCCUCCGAAUAUCGAGGAGCAAUUCGACGAAGCCGUAGGGAGACGGAGCGAUGCCGUGUCACGUUCUUCUGUAAUCGUGGCGUGCUGUCAUUCCACUUUGAAGCCAGUCUCAACCACCUUCAGAGUGAUCUUUGCCUCCGUCCUGAACCGGACGGCCGGGGUGUAUCUAUUAAAUAUUAUAUCUUUGGAGCUGCACACCACAGUCCGACGCCGUCCUCUCCUCUACCUAUUGCGCUCGAUCGACUCCACUGUACGGAACUGGCAAGCCGCUGCUGUCCUGGCUGUCAAUUGCAAAGCAUCCCUGCUCCUUGACGGGAAACCUUGGGGAGAUUUGGGACGAGACGUCUGCCUUCUGGCAAGCACCAGCCACCGAUUUCGCCGCUCGUCUGAGACUCUUCGCAUCGACGAUACCCUGGACAUCUCUAUACACCCUCAAAGAACCGUGAACUUGACGGAGCCCAUCUCUUCUCUUGCGUUGUGCCUUGGAGUCACCAUCGUCAAUCUCAUCUCAUCAUCAAGCUUCCUCUUCAACUAG